AGGUUCCCCUCAUAUGAGCAUCUGAAGGCGUUUUGGAACUUGAUCGAGGCAGCAACAGCCAAAAUGGUCAGGGUCACCAGAGCAAAGAAAACCGACGUCAUGAGUACAACAACUGAAACCCCUUUUACCAGACCAACUAAACUGCUGCCAAUAGAUGAGCUUUUUCUUUUCCUCUCCUACCUGUCUACUGGAUGUACCCAGAGGGAACUGGGCCAUCGAUUUAACAUCCACAGAGCAACAGUCAGCCGCAUUAUUGUGACAUGGGCCAACUUCCUGUACUGCUUAUUGGGCUCAAUUUGUGUGUGGAUGUCUCCUGCAGCUGUGAGUUCCAGUCUUCCACAGGAUUUUGAUGGCCGCUACAGUGACACACAAGUUAUCCUGGACUGUACAGAACUACGGUGUCAAACACCUUCAUCCCUGCUCCUCCAGAGUGAAGUCUUCUCCACCUACAAAUCCCACUGUACCUUUAAGGCCAUGGUGGGCAUGUCUCCUCACGGAGCCCUGACAUUUGUGUCAGCACUGUUUGAGGGUUCCAUGAGUGACAAGGAAGUGUUCCGUCAAUCAGGGAUUACAUCACUCUUGACACUGGACAUGGCCAUCAUGGUGGACAAGGGAUUCUUGGUGGAUGAUCUCGUACCUGGGACUGUUCAUCGUCCUGCCUUCCUCUCCAAGAGGGCCCAAAUGUCAGAGGUCGACGUUUUGAAGACCCAGUCCAUUGCCCGUUUGAGGGUGCAUGUUGAGAGGUUAAUAAGAAGAGUUAAAGAAAAUAAACUCUUUGAUUCCACUAUCCCUCUCUCCAUUGCAGGAAGCAUAAACCAAAUUUUUACAGUUGCCUGUCUCCUGUCAAAUUACCAAAAUGGACCUUUGGUCAGGAAAUGGAGAUAUGAAGUUUGACAGAAAAGCUGAUGGCACAGUCUUGAAGAAACAGAAAAUGCUGUCAUUUACUUACAUUGACAUUGUCUUACAUUUGUAAAUAGAUAUUCAUGAUGGAAAUAUUUUGAAACAAAUUUGUACAUUUGAUUUGAUCAAACUCCUAAUUUAGACAUUUCUGCAGGUAAACAUAGAA